UUCUUCUUCGUAUCAAAUCGUUUAAAAUAGAAAGAAAGUCUAUGCGAUCUACAUGAUCGAUCGAAUCUAUCAGAGCUAUUAAAAAUGUACGAGAGAAAAGAGAAACUGUUUCUCUCUAUCUUUUUGAAAGUUUAAUUGAACAAAUGUUUCAUCGUUGUUGUUUCUAGUUACUUUUACUUAGAAAUAAAAAAGUAGUUAACAAGCAAUAAUGUUACAAACAAAUUUCGUUUCUCACGAUACAAGAUAGGAUGAAAUAUUAAACACUUUCCCAUAUUUUUUUAUACAAUGUUACAAUGUUAUUACCAUAUGAGUAUUUAAUAUUGUCUUCUAACGUUUUUAUUGUUGUCCAUAUAUAAAAAAAAAGUAGUAAUUGUCUGAGUGUGUAGAGAAAUUUAAACACAAUGGUUACAUCAGAGUCAAAGAAAUAUUCAAAAGACUACGAAUGGGCCGUAAGAUUAAAUCGAUUUAGUUUAAAUCUAAUUUGUCUUUGGCCUGUGGAAGAACAAAAUAUAAGAAAACAAUCUUGGACGAAAUUACAUAUAAUAGCAUGUUUUAUGCUAAUAACUUUUGUUUGUACGAUUCCUUGCUUAUGUGCUCUUAAACAAUGCAAUACUUUAAUGGAAGUGACGGAUAAUCUUGCAUAUUCUAUUCCUUUGAUAAUAACGACAAUAAAAUUUAUUGUAAUAUCCAGCAAGAAGAAAGUUCUCUCACCGAUUGUAAACAUGAUCGCAAAAGAUUGGCUAAAAUUAAAAACUGACUAUGAAAAAGAUGUAAUGAUACAGCGAGCAAGAAUUGCAAGAAUAAUCAAUAUAUUUGGUUAUAUAUUAAUGUGUAUUUUAAUAUGGUUAUUGAUGAUUCUUCCAAGAUUCGGUAUUACUAUUCGAUAUGUAAUGAAUGGAACCGAUGCAAAAAAACUUUUUCCAUUACCAACUUAUUACAUUUUUGAUGUAUCUGAAACUCCAUAUUUCGAAAUAACAUAUACUCUUCAAUCUAUCAGUCUUUUAAUAGCGGCAUUUUGUUAUGCUGGAGUUGAUAAUUUUUUUGGAAUAUUGAUCCUUCAUAUUUGCGGCCAAUUAACAAAUCUUCGAUUUCAGCUAGCAAAUAUGAAAGAAUCAGAAACUUCUAAUUUUGUUUUAAUAGCUAUUGUAAAAGAUCAUAUACGACUUAUCAGAGCAGCAAAUGUGAUCGAAAAUACAUCAACACUUUUAUUUCUCAUUUUGUUACUUAAUUUUGGAAUUUGUACUUGUAUAUAUGGCUUUUUAAUAAUCACUAUAUACAUUGAAGAAGAGCAAUUUUCCCUGCUUCGAAUAAUAUAUUUAAUAUGUAAUUUUACAAACACAUUUCUUCAAACGUUUCUCUAUUUUAUGGCAGGACAAAUGUUAGUAACUCAAUCCGAGGAAAUACAUAAUGCUGCAUAUGAAUGCGAGUGGGUAAGUUUAAAAUACACGAAAGCAAAAAGUUUGAUCAUAAUUAUGGCAAGAUCAAAGAAGCCACUUUAUUUAACUGCAGGAAAAUUAUUUCCUGUGACGAUGUUAACAUUUUGCAAUAUAUUAAAAAUUUCGCUCAGCUAUAUAUCCUUCUUAUUAACAAUAUUAUAA